AAGACUCAGCCUAUGGAAUAAUCCCAAGCUUACUGGAUUUUCAUUCUCUGAAGUCAGAUCCAAAACCUAAACCCUAAAGCCCAUUUCAACUAACUCAAGGAACCCUAAUAUAUCCGUUCAUCUCCUCGACGCUCACUCUCUACACACAGUUCACGCACUCUGCCGUUCCAUUCCACAGCUGCGAAAAAAAAAAGAACUUCGCGAAGAUGAGCAAAGGCACGGCGGCUGCGGCGGCAAAGGGCGGGAAGAAGAAGGGGGUUAGCUUCGUGAUCGAUUGCUCGAAGCCGGUGGAGGAUAAGAUCAUGGAGAUCGCUUCGCUAGAGAAGUUUUUGCAGGAAAGAAUUAAGGUCGGCGGCAAAGCUGGUGCUCUCGGCGAUUCCGUUACCGUCAGCCGCGACAAGAACAAGAUCACCGUCACCGCGGAUUCCACUUUCUCCAAAAGGUAUUUGAAGUAUUUGACAAAGAAAUACUUGAAGAAGCAUAAUGUGAGAGAUUGGCUUCGUGUGAUUUCUUCCAACAAAGAAAGGAACGUGUAUGAAUUGCGCUACUUCAACAUUGCUGAGCAAGAAGGCGAGGAGGAAGAUUAAAUAUAGAGAGAUUAGUUUCAUGUUCCUUUUAUGCUGUGCCAACAUUUUCAAAACCACUUUUUGGAUCAAUUUAUGUUGUUUGUUCUAUUUUUCUAAGAUUUUUGAGGCUGCUUAUGAGAUUGAAUUUUGAUGUGGUCA